AUGCGCUCUUCAUUCCUACUAUUAUUUCUAGCAUUUCUAGUAGUUUCUGUUUCAGGUUAUCCAGUUCCAUCUGAAAUUUAUGAAUAUGAUGGAAUUGGAGAAUGGGUUAUUCUAGCCUUCUUGAUUAUUACGAUUCCAGUUGUUUUCUAUUUUUCCUAUAUAUUUUAUGAAUGUUGUAUUGGAAAACGAAUUGGAGCAAAGAAACAUUUCUGGUGA